CGGUCCCUGCAGGGCCCCUGCAGCGAGGUAGCGGAGGCAGCGCUCCUGCCCUAGCGGCUUCUUUCCCUUGGCGCGCGUUGCUUUGACACCUGCAGCUCAGGCGCUCGCGGACCGAGCUUCCAGACGCACUCUCACUCUUAUCCGCGAGUUACUGCCCCCGGUACCGCUUCCCUACUCCGAACCAUGGGCCGUCAGAAGGAGCUAGUGUCGCGCUGCGGGGACUUGCUGCGGGUCCGGUACCGGCUGCUGCGCCAGGCUCUCGCUGAAUGCCUCGGGACGCUCAUCCUGGUGAUGUUUGGCUGUGGCUCUGUGGCCCAGGUUGUGUUGAGCAGAGGAACCCAUGGUGGCUUUCUUACCAUCAACCUGGCUUUUGGCUUUGCAGUCACGCUUGGUAUCCUUAUUGCUGGCCAAGUGUCUGGGGCCCAUCUAAAUCCAGCUGUGACCUUUGCUCUGUGCUUCCUGGCAAGGGAGCCCUGGAUCAAGCUGCCCAUCUACACAUUGGCCCAGACUGUGGGAGCCUUCCUAGGAGCUGGAAUUGUCUUUGGGCUGUACUAUGAUGCAAUUUGGUCCUUUGCUGGUAAUGAACUUUUUGUCUCUGGCCCCAAUGGUACUGCCGGCAUCUUUGCUACCUAUCCCUCUGGCCACUUGGACAUGGUCAAUGGCUUCUUUGACCAGUUCAUUGGUACAGCAUCCCUCAUCGUCUGUGUGUUGGCUAUUGUGGAUCCUCACAACAACCCCGUUCCCCGAGGUCUGGAAGCCUUCACUGUUGGCCUUGUGGUUCUGGUCAUUGGUACAUCCAUGGGCUUCAACUCUGGAUAUGCUGUUAACCCAGCUCGAGAUUUUGGUCCCCGCCUCUUCACUGCCAUUGCUGGCUGGGGUUCUGAGGUCUUCACAACGGGCCGGCACUGGUGGUGGGUGCCCAUCGUUUCACCACUUCUUGGUUCCAUUUGCGGAGUUUGUGUCUAUCAGCUCAUGAUUGGAUUUCACCUGGAGCCUCCACCUCCUUCCACAGAGCAGGAGAAUGUCAAGCUGGCUCACGUGAAACACAAAGAACAGAUCUGAGUUGGAAGUUACAGCUCCCUCUCCCUCCAGGACCUCCACUCCUUCCCCUAGGAACUAAUACUGAUAGGACUGUGCUGGAGAUAUACCCCCAAAGCAGCCAUAGCCUCCACCUCUCUAGUCUUCCUCCCUCCCACUCCUCUGACUCUGAGAGAUCCUUUUUUGAGGGUUAUGUUUAGCAAUAAUGCUUAAAAAAAAAAAAAAAAAAAAAAAAAAA